UUUGAAAUCCUUGGCUUCUCCUUCAUUCUCGCUAGGAGCAAUUGUGGAAACUACAUUUCGCUGUAGGAUCUCCUUAUUUUAUUACUGGGAAAAAGCUUCUGUCAAGCCCCCGCAACCGUUGAUUUUCCUUCUUCCUCACCUCGUACCAGCAACGCGAAUCGCUGGUACCGCUUCUCCCCCCGCAAACUACCAAAGUCCCUCCUCCCACUCCGAAUCCCUAUUUCUCCAUCCUCGCAACACCAAGGUUCACACUGCAAUAAGGAGGACUCGCUUCAAAUUGGUCGGUUCAUCUGUCCAAAUCGUUUUACCUUCAUCUCCCGAUUAUAAUCCUUUUGCAUCAAUUUUAGUGAUUCUUUUGUCUGGUAUUGCGCUUUCUAGGUCUGCGACAGCCUCCAUUACCUGCAUGGAAGUGUUUCUAGUGCGACUGGCGACCGACGCUUCUUCAUUUCCGUUGUCCGUCCUCGCAAUACCAAAAGCCUCCAUUACCAGCAGGGAGGUGUUUUGAUGCGCCCUAUGUACUACGCUUCUCCACCUACAGCGGUUUCUCCAUAGACAGAAGCACUUUAGUAACCCACCUAUUAGCCGAUUCACCCACCAUUGUACUUCUCCCGUCAACAUCCUCCUCUCCGGCGGUGAGUAUUUUGUCUUUAUAAUUUUCUUUUGCUUAUUGUUCCUCAAAUCUCCUCUGAAUCUCAUUCCUUUAAUUCUUACAUAGAUCAUAGGUGUUCUUGGUUUCGUUUGCAAAGUUGUUAUGAGCUAAAUUGAUUGUGAUUAUUAUUUGUUUUUGUUUGUCAGUUAGUGUGGUUAGAUUAGUAAUCUUUUUUGAAUUGGCCACCACUGCUGCAUGCUCCAUCCCUGCCUCCCCGGGUUGGAUUUGAUUCUCCCGUAAGGCAAUCCCAUUAGACCCAACCUAUCACUCUUAUUAUUUCAAUUUUAUUUGAAGAUCUAUAUCUUGGUCGCUCCUGGUGUCACUACAAUCCUCCCCUUGCCAGGUGAAAUGCCCAGUGGGCUAUGUGGGGGACAUAUUUGGAAAGUCAUAAAUGAAUCCAAAUUUUUUUUCAUUUUAGUUUUAUGGUUGGUUUUGUGAUUGUUGUGUAGACAAGGACUGCCAAGAUGAAGCAGCGAUCAGAUAUAUCAAUUAGGGGUAGGAGGCUCACUGAGGCUAUCAUGGACUUGCUCAUGAAUCAAGGUAAUAUAUUUUUGUAACUCAUCUUCUUCUUCCUCAUAGCCGAUUUUAGUUGCAGAGAAUCUUCCCCCUUGCAGCCCUUUUAGAGAACUGGUUGGUUUGAAAGUGUAUGAAUGUUAUUCCGUCCUGAUUUCUACAGGAUAAUUAGAAGAUAACCCAAGCUCUCGGAGUUUUGCACCAAGUAUUAGGAAGGUUGAUUAAUCUAUGUAAGUCUCUCUCUCCAUUUCUGUCGUUCCCCAAUCUCUGUAAGUCUCCUUCCUAAUGAGCUGAAGCCUAAGAUCGGUAUUCAAUUCCCACAGUAAUGGCCAGGAAAAAUGCAGGAACAUAGAGUGAUGGAGAUGAAAUUGAAAGCUUCCCUGCAACUACUAUGUACCUUCAUUUGUUGGGUACUUCCUGAUAUGCUUGAUCGGAUACUUCAAACUUUCAAUGCGAGACUUUUGCUUGCUUCUGCAUUUUCAUUGAAAUAUUUGAUUCUGGUUUCUUGAACUGAUAUAGUUUUCUCUUUGAUAAAGUAAUCUUGAAUGUCUGGUUUCAUACAAUUUUGAAUCCACUUUUCUUUAUUUCUUGAACUGAUACUUAUUUUUUGGAUGGAGGUUAGAAUGAGAAUUUGAGGCUAUCUUGAUUUGGCCGUCAACGUAGAUGAUAGGUUGGAUUGAGAGUAUUUUUUUCGUUGCUUGCUGUAGGUUCUUUAUGUACUCAUCGUUACUCUUGCUUUGCUGCUAUUCUGUGUUGUCUUUAACUUUCACGCACACAAGAAGUAUUUAUCUGUUAUGUUAACUGCUUGAAAGCUUGGAUUGGUUACCCUGUUGCCUUUAAGAUUUGUUUAUUUGAUAAGAUAUAAUCCUUUAGCUAUCUAGACUUGGGUUAGAUCACUCUUCGCCUCAUAAAUGAGCCACCUUGACAACAAAUGCCCCCAGUAACUUUUAAUAUCUAUGCAAAAACCCACGGCCAGGACAUGGGUUAUGUUUCGCCAGCUUCAUCGACUUCCAUUUCACUGUGAAUUCAAAGAGCUUCACGAGUAAACUGUAACAUAUUUCCUACUAACCAUAAUGAAAAAAUUCACGAUCCCAGCGGGGCUCCUGGAAGCAACUGAGGAAGAGCAAGUUGGCAUCUUUAGACCGUGGAGUUUCGCUAUGGGUGCUUCUUUGUAAAGGAAAAUUUCCCUGCUGCUGUAGUGUGAUGGGAUUUCAAGCGCCAUGCUCUACUACGAAGGAUCUUUCAACUCUCUUAGAGCCAUCAGGGAGGAGGAAUGUUGGGCACCUGAAGUUGUUGAAAGCAGGGCAAUGUUGUUCACAGUAAAGAAGAUGAUGAAGCUGCAAAUGGGUCGUUAUGUGCUAGAGUCAGAUCGCGAGAAUUUAAUCAUGAAACUUAAGUCGAAAGCCACGAAGCAGCAAGGGAGAGUGAUGAAAGAGAUUGGCUCCAUGUGUUCAUAGAGGUAAAUAUGGUUGGCCCUUAGGCUUGCCCACUAUCAAAUUGGUUAGGCUUUCUUGGUGGUAGUUGGCUUGGCCAACCAUCGCAUGUUUUUACGAACGAUUUGGUGUGUGAUUCAAUCCUUGUGGCUAAUUAAUAAGAUUCAGAAGAAUUUCUUUAAAGAAGAUGUAUGUUGUUUGACCCUUUUCACAUAUAUAGCAGCUUAAACCAUGGUCGUACAUUCAAUAAUUGAUUUCAGUAAGUGAGGAUGUGGGUUACGUGUAAGCUUAAAUUGCUCAAUGUUUUCAAGUUAUUAUUUUAAAGUAAUGAAGUCUUCCACUGCAUAUUUGACCAGACCAGGCCAUGUUGUUUGUUGUGCUUUUCCUGUCAAAUUCCCCUGCAUAUUGUUUUCCAAAUUUUAUGUUAGUUUGUAUAACAUAAGUUUCUGGUGGACAAAGGUUGCAUCUUGCAUAAUUUGACUGAGGUUGAAUAAUCUCUGAAGGGAUACAAUGUGAAUCUCAGGCUAUAGAAGCUCAAAAAUGAUGGUGGGUUCAAUGUUAGGCUGGGAAUUCUCUAAAUGCCUUUUACUGUAGGGUGAAAGUGUGUUUACUUGGUUCAUUCAGGUUCGAGAGCUGCAUUCUAUCAUGUCCUUCUCCUUUUGUCUUUGUGCUUGCAUGCCACUUUGACAUUUCGAGUGAUCGGUAUAUCAAGUUUAUAGAAUCAUUCGAACCUUUUGGUGGUGAAGUUGGGAUUAUUCUUUAUUGAUGGUAGGGGUUUUGUAAUGCUCCAGUUUGUACCAGAUCAAACCGACAUUUGAAUUGGAGUAUACCGAACUGAGUAUCAUACGGUCAAUCUUUGGUCCCCAUGAAUUUUAUGAUUACUGAGUCUCAAGUUUCUGCGUGCUUGUAUGUGCAUAACAUAGCCACGUAAUUUCCUUGUGUCCGGGUGGGAGCCGGUGAGAUACCCGCAACUAAUAAUACGGGGGAUUUGUU